AUGAACCCACGGGUGAGCCCCAAAGCCCGGAGUCUGGCCCUGGCGGGAAAGAAUGGGGUCACCCGCUCACUCAACGGGGGGAUCCCCAGCUACAUCAAGGCCACGGACAAGGCCGCGACCUUGAACUACGACCCGGGUCUCCUUGACCUCGUUCCGACCUCAGUGCCGGAUGGGAGUGACGGAGUCGGUGACGGUGACGGUGGUGUGUCGGCCGUAGCCGUGAAGGGUCGGAGCCAGCAUGUUCGUUUCGCUUCUUUUUCGGACGAUACUGCUGGUGGUGGUGGUGGUCGGAGUGACGUUAUGGCUUCUGGUGAUAUUUCUGGCGUCGGUGGUGGUGGUGGGGGAGGGGGAGGUGGGGUCAAUGAUGAACAAACCCAGGUGGGUGCUCGGUCGUAUCGUGACGGUCUUCCUGUGACGUCGUGCUCUGACGGUGACGUUUCGGUUGUCGGCCGGAGCAGGGUGAAUGGCGUAUCUCACGAGAAUGGUGACGAGACUGGUGGUGGUAGUGGUGGUGGUGGUAGUGGUAGUGGCUGUUAUAACGGUGGUGGUGUGGUUGUUGUCGGUGGUGGUGGUAGUGGUAGUGGUAGUAGUGGUGGAAGUAGUGCUAGUCGCGAAGCCGGGGUGAGGAGGGAUGCGACUAAAGCCGUGCUUAGAAGUAACUCGUUUACCGCCGCAGAUUCUGCUGCUGCCAAGGGCGGCGGCGAGUCUUUGCCCCCCUCCACCGCCACCACUACCACCACCUCCCCUUUAUCAUCUGGCGUGGCUGCCAAGAGAAGCUUCCACUUCGCGGACUCCCCUCCAACCGCCCCACGCCACACCUCGGCGCGUCAUCAGGCCGCUGUACCACGUGGUGACUGUCUUGACUCUACCACCUACACCACCACACCCACUACCGUUGAGAAUAGAGGGGAGGAGUUCCGAACCCGGGCUGGGACCGCGGAAAGCAGCAUUAUUUCGGCAUCUGUGAGUAAGAUGAAAGAACUUCCGUGCACGGGCGGUGCUCACUACUCCAACGAUCGACACGAGGGCCACUCACGCAGGCAGCUACAUCAGCAACAGCAGCAACAGCCGGGGUCGAACCAACACGCUGACAAAAACAGCAGCUACAACUUCCUCCCUGCCGACCUAUCAGUCACGGCGCUGUCAGAUCUGUGGCUUCAGAACCAGCAUAGGUCGUCGUCGGUCGUGACGUCACCAUCACAGCAUAGGUCGUCGUCGGUCGUGACGUCACCAUCACCGCAAAGGUCGUCGGCUGUGACGUCACCACAUAGGUCGUCUUCGUCAUCCGUGACGUCACCGCAUAGGUCAUCGUCGGUCGUGACGUCACCAUACCCCUCGCCACACGGCUCGAAGAGUGAUCUGAAGCUCAAACUCUUCCCCAAAGACAUACUCGCUCCCUCCUCCUCCUCCUUCUCCUUCUCCUCCCCGUCUGUCACGGGUCGCCUUGACAACAUUGUGAGGGACCUCCCCCCCUCCUCCUCCUCCUCUUCCUCCCCCGCCAAAUACUCGCCCUCGUCUCACCCGCACUCUUAUCACAACUCCCCGUCGCUAGGGACGCCUUCGCACCGCACGCCUCAUCUGAGGCGGGAAGCGAGACAGUUAGCCACGUCGGCAGGUUCUGCUGGAGCGUCAUCGUCCCCGUUACCGUUAUCGUCGUCGUCGCACAUUCCGGAUUACCCCCACCCCCAUCACCCCCACCCCCCUGGCUCACCCUACUCACCAGCACUGCACCACAAACUUUUGGAUCAAGUCAAACUGGAGCAGGGCCGCCAUUUUCUCCUUCAGCAGCUGAGCGGGCUGGGUAUCGGUGUCGGUGGUGGAGGUGUCGGUGGCGGUAUCGGUGUCGUUGGAGGUAGUAGCGUCACGGACCCUCUGUCAUUGACCCCUUCUUCGUCCAUGUCGUCGACUUCAUCUCUAAGCAAAGAACUCACCCCUCCUAGUCUGAGAGAUUUGAACAUGUCGUCCGGUUCCCCGACAACUUCUUUGUUCCCCGCACACAACUCUAGGGGAAUCCCCCUCCGCCAUCUUGCAGACUCGCCUCGACUACCACCCUCAUCGCAACAUCAUCAUCAACAACAGCAGCAACAACAACAGCAGUCGCCCACCUCAUCCUCCCGCCUCCUCCCUAGCGCGACACCAACCCCUCCCACCCCGUCAAAAACCACCACCACCACCACCUCUUCUGCCUCCUCAUCCUCCUCCUCCUCCUCCUCCUGCUACCGCAAACAACCACCCUCCUCCUCUGCCUCAUCAGCUGCUUGCUUCCGUAGUGACUGCGUCCUUGGCAACCGGCUUGACUACGUCACAUCCGCUGUGCCGGCCGGUGCGUCAUUGGGCGGAGUCCGGGAAUUCCCACAAUUAUCUCCUCUUUCUCCUUCGCCCACCGGCUGUCCUAGCCCCGCCCUGCUCUCGUAUCUAGAACUCCGGAACGCGUCUACGGAAACUGCCGAAAGGGGGCGAAUGCCGUCUACGGAAACUGCCGAAAGGGGACGAAUGCCUUCUUCUACGGAAACUGCCGAAAGGGGGCACGGUUCUUCUUCGUCGUCUUCCUCUUCGACGGAGCGCGGGGCUGAGCAGGACUUGGCCUCGUUGAUGAAGAAAGAGUCGAUCGCCGCCAGCUAUCAGCUGGAGUAUUGCUGGUUUUGUGGCCGGCCCAUGCCGCUCUUUGGCGCCAACAACAGAGGUAUUCUACUUCGUGGACAAGUCGGAGACCCGGUUAAAGGGCUCCGUCUGCUUCCAGGCCAUCGAGGAGGUGUACGCUGACCACCUGCGCACGGUCAAGAGCCCCAGCCCCAAACUGACCUUCUGCAUGAAGACGUUUGACCGCACGUAUUACCUGGUGGCGCCCUCACCGGAGACGAUGACCAUCUGGAUCGACGUCCUGUUCUCUGGGGCCGAGGGGUACCAGCAGUUCUACAACUCCUGAGAUGAGAUAGAUGGAUGGAUGGAUGGACAGAGCGUGCGAGUAAAGGAGGAAGGGAGUGUGUGAAGGAGGAAGGAAGGAGGGAGGAAACGAGCUAGCGAGUGAGGGAGUGUGGGAGGGAAGCAAGCACUUCUCGUCGCGACGUCGAUGGAAGGAAAACAAUUUACGAUUAUUGCGACGUACGUGUUUAUGUGAAUUCUGUGGUCAUCUGGUGGUCAUCUGGCGGCCAUUCUGUGGUCAUCUGGCGGCCAUUCUGUGGUCAUCUGGCGGCCGUUCUGUGGUCAUCUGGUGGUCAUCUGACAGUUAUCUGACAGUCAUCUGGUGGUCAACUUGUGUUCAUGUGAUGGACAUCUUGUGGUCAUCUGGCGGUCAUCUGGCGUCAUGUCUGGCUGGCUGAUUGUCCUCCCACCAACUUGACCCACAUCUCUACUUCCAACCCCUCUCUCCCUCCCUCCCUCCCUCCAGCACAUGAGCUUGAGGUCAGGGUCAAGAGGUCAACGUCACCUCACGGGAUCUGCAACAAGGUCAAGGACAGGCCCCCGAGAUGAGGAGAAGUGACCGUGGUGGCGAGGAGGAAGCAAGGGGAGAGAACUCCAGCUUACAGAUGAUGAUCGUGGAUACCCGGAGUUGUCGUCCCUGGCUCCGGAUUCUGACCCGACCCGCUGCCUUCAUUAUUUUAUAUUAUGAUUAUGAUUAUUGUUUCGUUUAUACUAUAGAUCUAUGUCUUGUGAUUUUAGUCAGGCCCUCUAAUACCUUUUGGUUACCAUUAUUUUCCCUGUGCCUUUUUGGGAUGAUAAGGAUGAUAAGAGUGAUAGUGAUGAUGAUAACAAUUACAGUGGUGGUUAGAAUGAUGGUGAUGAUGAUGAU